AUGCCGGCUUCACAGCUGCCGUGGGCCCAGAUCCCGCAUUUCGUAGCAGGAGAAACGAACUUGGAGGAUUUUGCGAAGAAGUUGGUUUUCCUUUCCUCCACUUGGCCGGAAGAGCACAUCCAGCAUUUGGGACCCAGGGUUGUCUUGCAGUGUGAUGCCAUUGCCUUCAAAAAGGUAUCACAGAUUCCCACCGAACGACUGAAGUCCAAAGAAGGGUGCAAGGCGAUUUUAGAUGCUUUGGGAGUGCAGUGGGGACGCUUCAAGACAGAAGAUCGAUAUUUGAAAUUUGAGCGGGCAAUCUACUCCACCCAACAGAAGACAGAUGAGAGUAACGACAGUUACAUUGCUCGUCAUGAAGCGUGCUUCGAGGACCUUCUCCAGAAGGACCAUGAGGUCACCUUGAAGGAGAUUCAAUCGUAUGUAUUGAUCAGGCACUCAUCUCUUUCAUCCGAAGAGAAAAAGCGCAUCAUCGUGGACAGCAAUGGGAUCCUCAAGUAUGAGACCACCAGAGAAGCUAUUAGGCUUUUGGGAUCCCGAUUCUUUCAGGAUUUGCAAGGAGCAUCCCGGGGAAAGCUGAAAACGUAUGAUGUUCAUUCAGUGGAAGAAGACCAUGACACCAGUUCAGACAACCACAAUGCCAAGGGCGAUGGUGUUUAUGUGAAUGAAGAGAUUGAUGAAGAAAAACGAGCAGCUCGUGGAAAUGAGAUGGCGAGCAUGGCAGAGGACUACCUGGCGGAACUGCCCGAGGAACUCACAGCCAAAGGCCAUGAGCAGACCACCUUUCCACCCGUGGCCAGUUCUCCAGAGUUUGAAGCAGUUCAUUUUGCAGAAGAGGAGGGCUCGGAUGAAUCCAUUCUCGACACUGGGGCAAGUCGGACCAUCAUAGGGAGCAAUCGGGUUGAGCCCUUAUUGUUGAAAUCCUUGAAAGGGAUGGCGCUCAAGAAGAUGGUCCCGCAGUUCCAAUUGGAGGAACUCUCAGGGGAGGAGGACUUGUCAUUGACAAGCAAGGCAUCGGACGAGAAGUUGACCUACAGUCAGCCGAAAGGGAUUCACAAUCUCCUUCAGUGGGGACAAGAGACAUUCGAGAGUGGCAAGCACAAGAAGAAGGCAUUCAACGAGGUCUUCCAGAACGACCCGCAGUAUGUCCAGUACAUCCUCGCGAACACGAGGCUGGUAGCCAACGACAUGCGGAGUUUUCAGAAUUACUGCAAGGCCAUGAAAAAGAAGAUGUCCCAGCAGAUGGUCACGCAGGGACCCAUUCCAGUUCGAAAGAGUGCCACCUCAACAAUGUCGAACAAGACGGAUUCAGAGUGGGCGCCCAUCGAUGUCGAAUCACCCAUGCCGGGGACAAAGAUGCUGGAGUCAACACCGGACAAGAAGCGCAGCCUGGCAGAACCACCGUCCACCUCAUCGAUGCUGGUAGAACCCAACUAUCAACGUGCACAGGAGUUACGAACACAGAUGGCAAUUCUCCAGAGAGAGCUCGAUCGUCAGCAGUUUCGAAGGAGUCUUUUAAGACGAGAGCAGGCCCGUAAGAGCUUCAUCACCGCUGACAACGAUAGCAGUUUUAGGUUGGUCGUUUUGGGUUAUACUGAUCCAGACUUGUCAACAGUUUCCAACGAUGACUUGGAAGCACGAAAAGAGUUCCUGGAAGAGUGCAACUAUGUAUUUCCAUACAACCCCAGCUACACAGGCCUGGCUGCAAUCCUGGCACGCUUCGACGUCACACAUGUGGACAAGGGCUUGGCCUGUGUACCAUUUACCAGUCACAAGAAGGACUUCCUGGAAGAUGUUCUCUGCGUUUUGGAGAAGAGAGGUGCUGCAGCUGUCGGAGACACCAGCAGCUAG